UUUCAGUGUACCGAGGUGAAGGAUGACACAAAUCUCAUCGACCGUGUACUUGCCUGACUUUGGAAUGGAGGACCCCACUUUGUUUCAUCAAUACCCGAUGGAUUCCUUUCCAUUCCAGCUCGAUGAUUUUGACUUUGAGUCAUUCUCCGCGUCCCCAAAGGGUUCUUCCUCUCACAAGCGCUUGAGCUCCGAAAGCACACAAAACUCUUCCCUCACUCAAAGUCCUGAAACUUCUGUUGCCCCACCAAGACCAACCAAGCAACCCAAGACUACAAUGAGUACCUGGAGUGCUUACGGCACUGACAUGAUAGCUCCCAAGGCUGCUUCCUCUUCGUCCUCUAAAAUCAUCUCCUUUGACAAAUCCAGUGCAUCUUCUGUUUCUUCCCAACAACUCUACAAACUCGAUAAUGCAAAACUACUGAAGAAGCCUAAAAUUGAAACUGGGUAUGGUGAGAACCUGGAUUUUUCUGCUGUGGCUUCUCAAAGAUUCUAUGACAACAACAGUUUUCUAGACUAUGAUAAGCAAGAGAAAAAGGCUGCAGUUACAAUGGCAAGAAACCCAACCCAAGCUCAAGAUCACGUCAUAGCCGAAAGAAAACGAAGGGAAAAGCUCAGCCAAAGGUUCAUUGCUCUUUCAGCCUUAGUUCCUGGACUCAAGAAGACGGACAAGGCUACCGUCCUGGAAGAUGCUAUAAAGUACGUGAAACAAUUGCAAGAACGGGUAAAGAUUCUGGAGGAACAAAGUGUGGAUAAAACAGUUGAAUCUGCAAUCUUUGUGAAGAGAUCUGUUGUCUUCUCCGGAGAUGACAGCACCUACUCUGGUGAAAACUCUGACCAAUCACUCCCCGAAAUCGAAGCAAGAAUUUCUGGCAAAGAGGUACUCGUCAGGCUCCACUGCGACAAACACAGUGGACGAACAGCUGCUAUACUAAGGGAAUUAGAGAACCAUAAUCUCACAGUUCAGAGUAGCAGCUUUUUGCCCUUCGGAAAUAACACUCUUGACGUAACUAUUGUUGCUAAGAUGGGGAAGGACUACUGCUUGACUGCAAAAGAUCUCAUCAGAAGCUUAAGUCAGUGUUUGAGGCAGCUUUCGUAGGAAACAAUUAACCAGUUCAAGCAUCCACUCUGUAGCUACGUUAAUUUGUUGCUGUGCAUCCUUCACUAUACAGGAAAAGAGCUUAAUAAAAAG